CACUCAUUGCAGACCUGAUCUGCUUGACGUGGAGAACAUGAGAGCGGUGUUUCUCGCAUUAUCUGUUUUAUUCUCGAACUCUCUCAGCUCAGUGGCUUCUGCUUUUCAGUUCAAGACUGUUUAUUGCACGAUAUCUAACAACUGCGAAUGCGACUUCCACCCGGACCUUCAAGGGCUGGAGUUGGAGCUGUACCGCAAUGUGUACGGGCAGCACCUCGCUCAGGAGGCCGUGUCGGAGGCGCUGGCUGAGUUCAUCAACGAUGCGAGCCCGGAGAAGCCGCUGGUGCUGUCCUUCCAUGGCUCCUCUGGCACGGGGAAGACCCUGGUGAGCUGGCUGCUGGGGAGGUACCUGUACGGCUCAGCCAAGACCAGCCCUCACGUGCACCAGUUCAUACCCACCCUGCACUUCCCUUACCCACACAGGGUGCCGCAAUACAAGAAGGAGCUGAAGGCCUGGGUGGAGGGGAACCUCACAGCUUGUGCCCGCUCCGUGUUUGUAUUCGAUGAGAUGGAUAAGAUGCCCCCUGGUCUCAUUGACGUCCUCGUCCCAUUCCUGGGGUCGUCCCACGUGGUCUACCAGACCAACUACCGGAAGGCUAUCUACGUCUUCAUCAGCACCGCCGGUGAGGAGCAGAUAAACCGAUUGGCUCUGGAGGCGAGGCAGGCCGGCCGCGACCGGGAGGAAAUCCUAUUGGAGGAGCUGGAGGAUGCCAUUGCACAGGCAGUGUUCAACAAGAGCUGCAACGGGUUAUAUCACUCGGAGAUUAUCCAAGAGAAGCUGGUCGACUGCUUCGUGCCCUUCCUGCCCCUGACUCGCCGUCACGUGGAGCGCUGCAUACGCCGGGAGCUGUGCCUGCGUGGGCAGUGCCACCGUCGUGACAUCAUCGAGGCAGUCACGGGGGCCAUGACCUUCUCCCCUGAGAGAGAGCGGCUCUUCUCACACAGCGGCUGCAAGACUGUACCCGCCAAGGUCAACUACUACCUCUGAGAGUCUGCAACAGCAACAAGAACCGUGGAAGAACCUGAGCCUGGUCUGUCCACUGGGCGUGCAAUCUGGGGUGAAUUCAGUGCCUGUGAAUGGUGGUCUCCAAAUGGAGGAUAGAACACAGGGGUAAUUUCAGCGCACCAGCAUGCAUCUCAGUUUAGUCCCCCCAGAAUAGGGUCAGGGAAUUGUGUUAUUGGUGUAUAACAGCCUGAAACUUCACAUGUAAAAUGUGUGGAAAUUUGAAAGACCGUACUCCAGUCACAGAGUUUGGGGUCAAGGUUUGCCUCCUCAUGUCAGCUGUGGUCUCCAGCAAAGCACAAUUCUGCAAUUUGUUAUGCUUUUAUGACCCCAUGAUAUACAUUCUUCUCAUCAUUUAUUACUGUUUUUCUGCACUUAGGUAUGUGGCAUGUUCUACAAAAUCCCCAGCAUACUUCAUAUUUAUUUUUCAUUGCAAAUCUUUUCAACAAUUACCUUAGUUCUACUUUAUAAAUAGAAUAUGAUGAUGACUUAAACAUGCCAGAUAUCAAUGAGUGCAGAAACAGUAAGGAUGGUUAAGAACACACAUCUGUAACUAAUACACAGAAAAAGUUAAUUCAGAGGUCUACAGUAUUCCUUUAAUAAAGUAGAACCACUAAGGUAAUUGUGUUUGCUACAAAAUAAUCUUUGUAACCAGCUAUGCCUGCAAAUGUAGAGAUAAUUAAAAUGGUUAACUAGCUUUUUGUAAAAUUGAAAAAUAAUUGCUUCACCUUUUCUAGAUAUGAAAACCCAUGCAAACCAGGGCCUCUCUACAAAGGUAACAUAAUUCUGUAUAGUGACUUUUAAGACUGUCUUCUCAAAGGAGAUUUAUAGCUAAUCAAUUAGAAUAACAACAAUCAAUAACAAGAAGUGAAUGCUUCAGUAUUAAAUGUGUAGUCCCUAAGGGUUUGAAAUCUAUUUUAGUAGCUUGAGUACUACUUUAACUGCAGCACAACCAGUUAGUCAGCAUUGACAUCUUUAUCAAUACAGAAAUCAUGCAACUCUGCGAGAGUGCCAUGUGCAGACAGCCCUAGACUGGUAUUGUUUCAUGUAAGUGGAUGAGGAGCAGAUGUGUUGCAUUUAAAUAGAUAAAAUUUUGUUAAGUUGUUUGAAAUAAAUUAUGUUAAACUUCACUCCUGAACCCAGUACUGUGAGAAUAUCACAUAAGAGGAGCAAAACGGUGGUCUUAUUUUAAAUUAAACUGCAAAAUACUGUGGGUUAUUUUGUGAUAUUGACUGCAGCAGUAUGGCUAGCGUCAUGCCCCAUAAUGCUAUUACACUAGCGCUUGUAUUAGGCAGAACACAAAUUGCAUCUCUUACCUAUAGCUCCAGACUAGAGAGUUAUAUAAAGGAGGAGCACUUUAUUUUGGGUUAAUUAGGUUUCUAAAUGGUGAAAAAGGCAGGGUUUUCCUUGGCUUUAAUAGCACUAAACAAUCAGUUGCAUACAUUGGUAAUCCACAUACAGUAUGCAGCUAUUAAUGUUAUUAUUUGUAUUCUACAUAUGGUGCAGACAUGAAAUCAAAUCUGGUAUGUGAUUCCGCUAGUCCUCUGGAGUUCCUUGUUUACGUGCACUUUUGUAGUAUGCUGAAUACUGAGCUCUGGUACUUAGAAAAUCUCCCUAUUGCUCACAACGUACAGUAGCAAGGGAAUGGUUGUAUUUUAAUACUUGCUUGUAACACAUUGCUACUGCAUCGAGCAUAGCCAAUCAUAUCCAGAAGUGUGUCUGUGGAGGAUUAUCCUCAACAUGCCCCGACAGGAUGUACAAUGCAUAUAAACUUAUUGAAUGAUAACGGGGAAGUGAAAUAGGGUGUGGAAUCUAAUUUAGUCGUAGGGUUACAGCUGUUUUUAAUGCAGUAUUAAAACUAGUUAUUUGAAACUCUUGUGAGUGCUUUAGAAUUGCAGUCUACUCGGCUUGAUUUGCGUGGGUGUGUUAUGGAAAAAUUAAGGUUAAUACAACUCCUGGAUCCUUCUAAGGACAGUUAGGGUUUUGCCAGCAGGUGGUGCUGUUGUCUUAUAGACGCACACGUGCACCAGGUAUGAGGCGAUGUUUGAUAUCUCAAAUCCAGCGGUACCUCCCGCUUUUAUUUCAGAUAUAGAUAUUUGGUUCUGUAAUAUAUUAAAUGUAAAUUCAUAUUUAGAAAACCUCUGAUGGAUAUUUAAAAUCGGUACCAACUUUUUCAUUUUACACUGGGCUGUAGAGUGACAGGGAUAGAAGAGUGCAGGGAUGGAAAUGACUCAUAAUGUAUAGCAGUUUCACCCAUUGUGGGUUUUACUAGGAGCUUGAUUAGCCCCAGUGUUUAGGUAACAAGCUCAUGAGUGUCUUAUUAAACUCGGAGUAAACCAGGAACUGCUGUGAAAUUUCCAUCCCUGAUGUGCAGCCCAGUGGUUAGUGGGAUGAGAAGGAGUGUGGAAAUAUAUUAUAUAUUAUUUUAUAAUAAGUUAUAUUGAUGUAAUUAAGUUAUACUGUAAUGUAAUUCCCACUGUUAAUGUAUGCUUAUGCUUUUUAUGCAAUUAAUAGGCAUUGUUGCAUGAGCAUUAGUGCAUGUAUUAAAUAUAUAUAUAUGUGUGUUUGCAUACAAUAUACUGUGUGUAUGUGGAUCUGAAUGUGUGCUUUUGUGUUUUAUAAGACCGUGGAAUGUAAGCUUCCCAAACAAUGAAACCCAGAACAAAAAAGAUGUGUCCGGUUGUCAUUAUCAAUGUGAGGCUAUCUCUCUCAGCUCUGACUGGGCUCUCUGUGUGCCUCUUGGUUUGUGCGUGUCUCUCUGUGGCAGAGAGGAGAGGGCCAGGCAGCUGUGGUGCCAGCUGUGUGCCAGUCUGUGAGAUCGCCCUGGUUUUGGGGGAGGGGUCCUUCAUCCUUAACAUUUAUUCUGUUCCAUUUAAAGGAGACGGUUAAAAGCACUGUAUUAAUUACAGAUUUACCACUUCAUAUACUCCAUUCAUAAACAAGUUCUUGUUAGCAUUCCCAUCAUUACCACAGAUCAUUUGCUGCUAUUUUCUUGUGUUUUUUCUUUUCUUUUAAGUGAGAAUAUGCAGGCGGUUUUUUAAGCUUCCCGUUGUUGCAAAUGAAAGUUUAGACUUCCAUUUUCCUGAUACCAUAACACUUCCGGUGACCAACGUGCCAUGUGACACAGUAAGUAAAAGUGUACCAGGAAACAAGUCUAAAUUUUUAUGAAGUGGCUAAAAACAAAACAAAACAAAAAAAAGACUUUAAACUAGAAAUUGGCCAAGCACAAAGCAAGUGACAAUGUUGCCAGUGUUAGUAAGAGGUCAUUGAUUCUGAAGCCUUGGUUAUCAUUCCCUUAAAGUCAAAGGAAACCCAAAAUGGAACAUGCAUUAGAACUAUUUCAGCCCUCAGCUUGGAUCUGCGAGUACAGCCCAGAAUACCACGUUACAUGAACACAAUGGUUGUUGGUUUCAUUCACAACCCAAUUACUAUGGCGAUACUUUGCCAUUUUUAUAUUGAAAAAUAACUUUUUAAAGCAGAUGACGGCUUGGUUAAGAUGACUUACACAGAAUAAAGAAAAGUUUAGUCGACAUUAAAUAUGUUUUUGUUGAAAUAUGGUGUUUUUAUUUCUUUUGUUAUAACUGAAAAACGAAGGGGUCCUUUUUAUAAAAUGCACUAAAAUGUGCCUCUUGUAUUGGAAGUGCCGUCAUACUUAUAGAUUGCGUUAAUGUACUGAACAGCAAAGUAUUGUUUUAUUUUCUUGUGAAUCGUGUUUCUGUUUCGGCUUUUGUGCUUUGUAGCUUUUUAAAAAUCUAUACAGAUGUCCUGUUUAAAUAAACUGCACAUUUUUUAUUAUGUUUCAAUUGAGUGUUGAAUUCUACGCUUUAGUUAAGUCUGACCGUGCUGAUUUAGAAAUGAGCAAGAUUGUUUUAUUGUCUCAACUUUUAAUGGUUUGCAGUGAUCCUGGGUGAUUCUUUUAGCAAUUACUCAAAGCAUGUGCACCUUUGUGUAUUGCCAGCAAAAGACUACAUUCAUUAUGAUAAAUUUGUUCUUUUUUAUAAUUUGCUACAUUUUCCUUUAAAGUUGCUGACUGAAUAAAGAAAAUGUCCUUGUUGAGCCCGAACAAUUUAGCAUAAAGAACUUGAUUUAGGGCCUGUGAAACCUACGAAACCAGUUUAUGAAACUGAACCAAGACCCUGUA